GGCUUGUGACAUUGGGGAGCCGCCAUGCUGGCGUCGCUGGGACGUUCGGCGGGACGGCUGCUGCGGGUCGGCGGCGUCGCGGCCGGGAGGCGGCAUGCGGGCGGCGAGGUGCACAUCGAGCCGCGAUACCGGCAGUUCCCGGAGCUGACGCGGUCGCAGGUGGUGUGGAGCGAAGUGCUCAGCGGCUUCAUGUGGUUCUGGAUCCUGUGGCACUUCUGGCACAGCUCGGACAGCGUUCUGGGCCACUUCCCGUACCCCGACUCUUCGGCCUGGACUGAUGAGGAACUCGGCAUCCCACCCGACGACGCCGAGUAGGCACCGCCCGCACGGCCCAGCCGCCGUCCCAGUCGCAGAGGUGAAGGGUCCAACGACCGAGUGCGACACCUUCCGUCCCUGCUGAAUAAAACGUAUGCAGUAAGCCUCCUGCAGAACCCCCCCGAGCGAGACUGGUGCACCUUUCCUAAUCUAGGAAAAGCAGCACACGCUCAAGUAAGAAAGAGACAGUGCAGCCAGUGCACAACUGGUUACAAGCAGGUAUACCUGCUCCUUCAAAACAAGGCAGUCACAGAAGGCAACAGUGGCCAGUCUGCAUGUGUGUUUUGACAGAGGGAAACAAGGAUCCAAUUAGGCAGCUGAUGACUGAUGACUUUUUGCAGGUGCUAAAGGAAAAGUGUCAUCUGUCCAGCCCUGGGAGGCCGCCAGCAGAGCUGCGGUAGGGUGGGGAGUCAUGGACAGAGGGCUGUGGUAGGGGCACCCUAUGGGCAGCUGGGGGGACUGCAGAGCAGACGGGCUGGCUCCCUUACCUGAACGCUUGCAGACCUGCUCUAGCAGCACGGGCUCCCAGAGGAGUCUCAAGGGUGGCAAGCAGCAGGGAGCAGGACUUUUCCCCAGUCCCAGCAGCUGAGAUGGGAAGAAAAGCAGCAGUGCGAUUUGGGUUGCCAACACAUGCAAGUUGGCUGCUGCCAGCUAUGUGUCAGUUGAGAAGGGUGGAGCGGGGAAGGAAGGGGAGGCAGGUAGGACACAAGGCUCACAAAGGAAUGAUGUGCAUUUUUGUUUUCUUUUUUUUACCCCUAAAGGUUCACAGCUUUGAAUAAAAAAGCACAUUUAUUGCACUUACAUUUUAUUUUAGACAGAGUUAAUUUAAUUUAAAUUAUGCCCUCACAAUCCCCCACCAUCCCCAAACAACCCAACACCCCAGUUUGGUCCAUUUUGCACCCCAGACCCAACAUUUGUGCCCGGACAGCGGGCUUCAUUUCUUAUCACGUUCCAUUAAGCUCACAAACAGAUUUUCUUUUCAACUAACGGUGAUUACACAAAUGCAACACAGAAUGACAUUCAGCAAAACAAAAACGAACCAUUUUCCAAACCCAAACGAAAAAGAACACGAUCCUUUGCUUUUCUGGGAUACUCCAAAGCCAAUGUCACACAAGGCUUAUUCUGAAGUACAGCUGCUGCAAAUGCCGUAAGCUGGACAAAAGGACUGGACAGGCCUCGGCUGGCUCUUAAGGGAACUGGAGGAGCUGAGCACACUGCUGCUGUGAUGCUAUAAAGCAAACACCUAGGCAGUUUAGAAGUUCUGAACACUCCCAUCAUUUCCCUUCUGUUGGAAAAAAUAAGGAAAUACUUCCUUGUGAUUUUGUAUUAAAGACAAAACACCGUCUCUUUCUGUAUGCUUAUAGCGCAGAGCCUGGGUCAGUAAAAGGAUUUCAGGUAGUUCCUGCAGUGUUAGUAAAACAUUUUUUUAAAUUAUACUUUGAUUUCUAUAGGGAACAAAGAACAAGUUAAAAUCAGUCUGAUAUUUGUAUGGGCUGUGCAUUCAGACAUAACUGCCGCUUACAGUUAGGCCCAACGUCUCACACCAGAAAACUGAAGGCUAAGAUCUGCAAAAGAAGAAGCACUAACAGCAAAAUCCAUUCUUUCAUCCUUACAAACAGGUCAAAUAGGACACCAGUAUGGAGGUACUGCCAGAAGCCUCAGUGACCAGGCUGCAAUCUGAACAGCUCAGACUCAGAUACACUGGCUGUCCCUCAGCGGACAACGUACCUACCCUCUCCCAGCGUCAAUGCACAAUGACACUACUAUGUGUUGUUGCCAAACUGCAAGAGGCCUGAGGAAGAGCUAAGGAAGUCUGCUGCUAUUCCAUAAAACAACAUUAAUUGCACUUUCAGGGCCAGGGAAUUCACUGUAUUUGAUUACAUGAGUACUAGCCAUCAAUUUCUCCUAAUUUAGUUCUCAUUUUUUCACCUAUUGUCUCAUUCUAAGAUACUAUGACCAUAUAAUAAGUUCAGCCCUCUCCAAAACUUUCUGUUACUUCUCUUUAACAGGAUCCUUGUGUCUUUGGAGGGAAAGGAGGGCUUAUGUAUUUUUUAAUUUAAAUUAACCUCAUUUAGCUUUCAAGUAGAGCUGAUUUCAAAUAGCAGGUUUGCUGUAACCGAGUUAGUAUACUUCAACUCCUAGCUCUGAAACGAUUGUAGGCAUUUUUGGGAAUGUUUCCUGCUCCCCUUUACAGAAGUUUACCAAUUCCAAUCUGCCUAUCUAUAUUAACAGCUAUAUACAAAACUACUGCAUCAGAAGUAAACCAAAGUCACUGCUGCAGUUACAAAGCACCUGGUUUACAUUCUGUUGUACUUUUUAGGUUGCGAAGGCACAUGAUCAUUUGGCAAACUGCAAAGACUCUUCUGGGGGAUCUUUAGGUAAACCAUUUAACAGAAGGUCUCGGUAGCUCUCUUUUCUGAAGAGAAGGUACAUGCCAGUUUUAAACAGAAUUUGCCCUUGGUAUCCUCUAUAUUCUGCAGUUUUAAAAAGUAUCCUCCCUCCACAAUUUUGUAAUUAUUUAGUGCUGUCUUCAUGCCGACUUAGUAGCUUUUAUGUUAGUAUCAUCACUCUGCUCUUCUAAUGACUUCAUUUUCUAGGUAAGAAGUAAUGAAGCAAUGCCAAAAGAUAUUUAAAAUGUAUGCCAAAACAAACGUGGAGUGCAAAUACACAUUAACAUGGCUGCAGUAAACAAGAGUUUGUUUCAUCAACUUCUACGUAAAACGAAGAACAGAAAACCCAGCACCUUCAAAGUGAUGUCAUAGCAGUCCAUUCAUGCAACUGAUUUUUCAAUGAACUUGAUUGUACCUACAAGCUUUGCCUGCCGUAUUGUGCUACUGGUGAAAUGUUUUUCAACAGACAGAAGAUACACUGUCUACAGUACUACGAAUAGUUUGUGCUACGCGUGUUGUACUCACAGUCAAGAAAGGAAUUAUACUGAUAGGCGGUAAAGGUGUGAAAUGUCUACAUGCUUCUUCCCUAAAUCUACCCCCUUCCGUUAUCAAAACCUUAACAUCCAGCUGAUUGUAGGGUUUCUGAGGAUCUGGCUUCUCCAAACACACUGCAAAACACUGGAGGCACACACAGAAACAGCCCUAUUUAUGAACAACCUCCGGUGUUUCUUCCUUUCUCUUGUUUGUGGAAUACACGGUAUUUAUCAACAGCCAGUAUUUCAUUCAUUUUAUGUUACAAAGGCCAAAUUCUGCCUCCAAGGAGCACAUACUAGUCCAGACAAUGCUGAGAGGCCACAACAAGGUGGCUCUGUGAGGCCUCAAAUGUUCUGCAUCACCAUUAGCUACUAAAGCAUUCCAGUACAAGAGAAGACUAUUUUAGGCAUUCAAGAAAAAUAGAAGGGGAUUCGCUUAACAGUACGCAUGAAUUUAAGGAAUAAUAAAAAACCCAAUGAGCUAAUUGUAUCUGGGGCAUAUAGGAUUAAUUCAUGCAGAAAUUAAUUCCAAAAUAACGAGGCCUUUGUGCUGAUACUUUCUGGCUUAAGCCUCCCCCGUGUUCCAGUUCCAGCGAAUACGCCAUAGGAAACAAUCACAUACUGAACAGGGAGAUGUAACGGGUCUCCUCUAACUGUUUGGAAAGGUGGAGAGGAAGGCAUGUGUGGUGAAUGAAGACCUCGUGAGUAGCUGGGACUGAGAUACUGCAGUGCUGAAAGCGACGUGACUCUCUAGAUGUUUGACCCAACAUACGCACGCAAAAUACAUGCUGUCAUUUCCCACGCUACAGCAUGUGCUCGUGUUUGGGACGCUGUAGAAAAGUGUAAGAAAUUUGGUGCAACUGACGUGAAUCUAUUUGUCAUUUCAUUUCCAUUUAUUUCCUGCAUUCCGCUGCUAUACAGGAUGCUCAGUUCUUGCCUACUCAUUUCUCCAUUCACUAAACAUCUACAGGGCACCUUUAGGACUGAUGCUGAUGGCAUGUGAGACAUCCAUUCCAAUUCUUGAAAGAUUAAAACAAAAAAAUGGCAAUUAUUUACAAACCAAAUUUCUUCCAAAGUUUUCCAUGAGUGUUACGUGGGACCUCUUAAAGAGACAACACAGAACUACAGCUAUACAAAGGGAAACAAACAAACGUGAAAACCAGUAGAAACACAUCCUGAAAGGACUUCUCUACACAGCAGCCAAACAACUUGCACAUUCCUCAGGGAAAAAUAAAAACAAACAAAACAGAGAAACAAAACAAAGAAACCCCAAAUAAGAAAAACAACCAACAAGACAAAGACCAUCUGUUACUUAUAAAGUGCUUCGCAUGGACAAGGAGAGCAAUUUUCCUUGUGCUUUUCCUAUGGGCUCAAGAAACAUAUUGUAGACUAACGGGUAAUGAAUCUUCACAAAAAUAAGUUCACUUUAAGCAAAGAAAUUCCUAACAGUUAUAUUUUAGCAGUUUUCUGCUAGCAUGACCUCGUGGAAGGAAAUUAGGGCUUUUAACAAGCUCUAUGAAACAAAUGACUCUUGAACUACCUGUACACAGUCGCUCAGAUAAUAGCUUCUUUCAAGAGAAUAUCAAUUUCCAGUAUGCCCUACGCUUACGAACCAGGCACUGCCUACACAAGGGCUGACACAACGCACGGGGCGGCUUUGCCCUCCUGGAGCUCACACCUGGGCGUGCUCCCGGCCUGCUGAGCACACGGCCCCGCACUGCUUCCACCUGGGCUCCGCACCACCGCUCACCUCAGCAGCUUCUCCGCACCGGGAAGUGGCUAUUGCUACUAUGGAAGUUCCUGCCAAUCUCAAUAAGGAGAAAAGCCUUACAGCAUCUGAAGACCCACAGCAGACAAGAAAAAAAAUUGUGCUUUUUCUUUUCUUUUUUUUUUUUUUUUAAAUGCAUCCUGUACACAAAGUCGAUUCUAUUCAUGUACCAACAUGAAUCGCUUCACUCUUGUAGUGACUAUUAAGUCAUUUACUAUUGCUGUCUUGCUAAUGUUUGUGGAAUUAAUAUGAAUACACAGUAUUUCAGUUAUAAUUCCCACUUCAGAUUAGUCGGGUCCCUGUAACCCCAGUAAAUAUUUACUGACAAAAAGAACAGACUACCGGCAACACCGCAGAACUCCAGGGCUUUAGAAACACAUUCCACUACCAAUGUGUGUUUCUCCCUUAGCCCGGGAGCAGCGCUGUGCAGACAGGAACAGUCCAACUCCUUGCGAGUGAAGGACAGCGUCCUCACCCCUUGCACAGUUUAGUACGGACACCACAUGACAUACAUUUAACUCCUUCAUUUAUUUGCCAUGAUUUUGACUAACACCCUCCUCUCCCCAGGAACCUCCCAGCUAGAGGUGGGUCAGUUCUCCUGCCUCAGGUGGGAUCGUACAGGGCAGACAGGAAUCAAGUCCUGAAAACUUCUGAGCUUGAAUUGCUUUCUAAUGUGGUCUGACUUGCCCCUGUACAAAUAAUUUACAUGUAAUACCACAUACCAGAGAACUCUGCAAACAGAUCACAUCACAAGAUAUUCUACUAGAGGUAAACAAUGUGCAGAAUUGGAUGAGUUAUUUUCCCUGACUGGGUAACUUGUCAGAAAGCUACCGACCGUUUGAAAACCAGGACUGGAGGACAGGAAAGCAGAGCACUCUAAAGUAGAUACCGCCACCGUCAUCCUAGUUUGCAAAGAGUACAAAAGGGAAAGACAAACGGAAGGGAAGGAGAUCACAGGGAAGGAAGCAAUGUGAGGAGAAGUAAUCAGCGUGGAUCCAGCAAGUACCGUUUUGUUUUGAUCGCACAACUUGCCAAUAGGACAAGAUGCUCCACAUUUACACACACACUUAUCAGAGGACAUUUAGUUAACAGGAUAAAAAUCCUUUUAAAAAGGAAAAAAAAAAAAAAAAGCUCCUGAAAGUACCAAAACAAUUUAUGGAAUGUCUAAUUCUAGGGGGUUCUGUAUUUGUAUUCAAUUCAACCUGAGAACUUUUUUCCUCAUUUAUGAAAACAUUACAUAUUGGUAAGGUACCUGGCAUUAACCUGCACCCUCAUUUAAAAUAAAACUUUUAAAGUAGGUACAUACACCAUUCACAGCCUGUAUCAGGAAUUUACAGACUUCAGAUGCUGCAGUAGCAUCUUUGAUAAAUAUACUGUAUCAUAUGAUACAAAGGAAAAAAAAAAAGGACAAUCUCGCUACAUUUUUUUUUUUUUUUAACUUCAGUUUGUUGCUGGACCAACAAAAGAAGGAUCUACGUAACCCUUCUGAAAGAUGUUAUAUAUGCACACACCAAGAAAAUACUGGAAGAGGAAAAGGUUAAGGUUGGUGGUUGUCAUUUGUUUUUUGAGGAAGUGAUAAAGUAAAUCUGAAAAAAAGUGCAGCAGCAUCCCCUUUUCCUUCUGAUGAAUCUCUUCGCCCUCAGAGUAACACCAUCUCCAGCUCCCACCAUCACUUACUUUUCAAUUUUACUGGAAUAGAACCCAACAAUUUAGAGAAUGAGGCGUUUGACAUUCUAAUACAGUGAAAAGGGGAUACUGCGUUGUCCACAAACCAGUGAGUACACCAGGAAGAGAGAUCAGAACAAAGGACGAUUCUUUUUAAUUAGCACUCAUCAGAUAUUCAGCCUCUGAUGAUACGUUGUUAGAGGGAGAAAGCCGACCGGCAGACCAUCCAAAGCAAGUCUCCUAAGUUGCAGCAGCAGCUCCAUCCCCUCAUGCCUGAGCACCAAAGUCAACCCACGAGCGCCCUCUCCUCUCUCCUGGGAAUGAUGCCAACGGCUCAGGCAGCCACUGCGGGUAUCCGAAUGCACGUGGUGUUUUGUGUUGAAGGAGGAACACUGGCAGCGGAGUAUUCUGGUUCCUAAAAAGGUACUUUUCCCAUUGUGUUGGACUGGCAGUUCCAUUCCGCUCCACUUUUAAGCUUAUGGAUAUCUUUUCUAAAUUACUUUAGGUUUGUCGGAGCAGAAUAGAGUUUUGAUGUUAAGAAACGGUAGGAACACAAGACUUAAAUAACAGAGUGGGUGCUGCCAUGGUGCUGUGGCUACUUGAACGCUGCAAAUUCUCCUGUAGAGGGAGGACAAGAGCUUGGUUUAAAAAGUGAUUUCAGUUAUGAGGUGGUCAGAGAUUUUCUCCAGACUAGUUGAACAUUAGGUUGAAUAUAAAAGAUGUUAAAAAUGCAAAAUGUUAAAAUUAAAGCAUAAAAGAAACAUAGUGAAAGAACACUGAAUACAGACACAACAUAUUUUACUGGAAAAGAAUUUCCUGAAAGCAAGCUGUACCCAUUGUUCCCAGGACAGAGGCAGUUAAGAUCAAGCAGAGACUACUUCAUCAUGCAUUUAAAAAUAAAAUGUCGAUUAAAUUUCACUUUAAACUCUCUAUUGCACAUAUCCUCCCCAGAAACAACAACUGCAAUAAAUGCAUCAGACUGCAAACUACUUUCCAUCCUGGUGUGAAGCUGGUUUAGUAGCAAAGAACUGUUAGACACACCCAUUAACCUUUAAAGACCACAUAUAGUAAAGUGCCUUAAAAUUAAACCCGUACUCAAGAAUGCUAGAAGCUGGUUCAUAGACCAACAUAGCAAACUACUGUGAGAAAAUGAAGACUGGUGAGACUGUCUACUUACUCCGAGAGCAGAAAUUAGGCCUCACUAACAAACAGGGAGCACAAGAAAUAAAACAAUCCUCAGCUCACUUCAGAACUAUUGAAUAAGCUGUAAUUCUACACAUUUCUUUCACAUGCAAUCAUCUCAUGAAACUCUGCACAGUUUGUCUCAGCACACUACUGAGCAGACUGGUAGUCACAUUUCAGAGAUGAAGGAACCAUGGCACAGAGUAAAAUUGCUGCCUGAGGUUCUUAAGAAGUUACCAGAAUCCUGAAGAGAAGCUAAAACUAAGAUAGUAAUCUCCUUCAUACCAUGCUUUAGCCAAAAACUUUCCCCGCCACCCACAGAAAUUGCAUUCUACAGGGUGUGCAAAGAUGCUUAACAAAAGGACUCUACAGUGGAAUUAAAAGAAAUGCAUGCAUCACUUCCUCUUGUUGGGUUCCACAUAAAUUUUAAGUUAGUUUAUGUCUCUUUCUUGACAGGACUCCUCAGAGAUCUAACAACAAACGAGUGAAACAGACAGAAGAGACCGAACAGAAGUGUGUGAACACUAUCACAUCCAAACAACUGCUCUCUAUCUUGGUGCCCUUCCAUCUUUUCAAGAGCAAUUGUUCUCAUUUUUUUCAAGAGGUUCAUUUUGAAUACUGGAAACAUCUCUACAGACAAUCUUAGAGUGGCUGCAUUAAUUCCAAGGAGUGUUUUACGUUAUAAAGAAGGGAAUCAAGACAAUGAUCAGCAGCCUGUAUGUUGAAGGGGGAAGAAAGGGAAUCUAUGGGCCUGGUAGGAAAAGCUUUUAUAGCAGAUAUAAGCAACAAAGCACAGAAGGAGAGAGGAGAGGACCCUAUGCCUCACAGGAGAUGAAAAGGGAGUGCAACCAAGAUCUGAAGUAAGAGAGCUGUGAUGGAUCUCAAGCUCUGAGUGUCCUAAUACUCUGUGGUGAUAGUUAUAGAAACAUAAAAAAAACAAGACAAAACACCCUCACGAUGAGUCUAAUCCACCCCCUCCUCCUGUUUUGUUUAAAAACAAAACAAAAAACAACAACAACAA